AUGUCGUCAGCCUCACGCACGAGGUCAACGCUAAAGCAUCGCUGCAAAACAGGGGCUCAGUCCAACCCCUGGGAAGGCCUGCAGGGUGGGGCCAGCUAAGAGCCAGGAUAAAUCCAGGGAUUUUGGUGUAGCCUUUGCUCUUCCUCCUUUCUCCGGCAAGCUCCAGGCAGGCACCAGCCUCCUGGAGCAGCGGGGUCAGUGUGGGCAGCAGCCAUGCAGCCCCUGGGGCGGGUGCGGAGGUUGGUGGUGAGGCUGGAGGAUGGCCAGGCCCACGGCAGCGGGGAGCUGCUGCACGGGCGGGUGCAGCUGGAGCUGCGCGGGGCACUGCGGGUGCGGGCACUGGAGGUGUGUGCCCGGGGCUUGGCCACCGUGCACUGGCUGGAGAGCCGCAGCAUCGGCCUCAACGUCGUCUACCGGGACUACACAGCCUGCCAGACCUUCCUGUACCGCCGCUGCCAGCUCAUCCCUGACAAUGGUGAAGCCACCGUCCUGCAGGCAGGAAGGCAUGAGUUCCCUUUCACCUUCCAGCUCCCCGAGACCCUGGCCACCUCCUUCGAGGGGAAGCACGGCAGUGUGCGCUACUGGGUGAAGGCCAAGCUGCACAGACCCUGGUCGACAGUGAAGAAAGCAAAGAAGGAGUUCACUGUGAUUGAACCCAUCGACAUAAACACCCCUGCACUGCUGGCUCCCCAGGCAGGUGCUAAGGAGAAACUUGCUCGUGCCUGGUACUGCAGCCGUGGCCAGGUCUCUGUGACUGCCAAGAUUGACCGAAAAGGCUACACCCCAGGUGAGGUCAUCCCCAUCUUUGCUGAGAUCGACAAUUGCACGAGCCGUGCCGUGGUGCCCAAGGCAGCCAUAAUCCAGACCCAGACCUUCAUCGCCCGCGGCACCAAGAAGCAGAAGAAGUCAGUGGUGACCAGCAUCACUGGGGACCCCAUUCCGGCUGGGAAGCGGGAGGUGUGGCACGGGCGGGCGCUGAAGAUCCCGCCCGUGGGGCCGUCCAUCCUCCAGUGCCGCAUCAUCCAGGUGGAAUACUCCCUGAAGGUUUGUGUGGAUAUUCCUGGGACAUCCAAGCUGCUCCUUGAACUGCCUCUUGUCAUCGGGACCAUCCCGCUGCAUCCCUUUGGGAGCCGCACCUCCAGUGUCAGCAGCCAGUACAGCGUCAACCUGGACUGGCUCAGCACCAUCCCUGAGCAGCUGGAGGCCCCCCCUGAGUACUCAGCAGUCGUGUCCAGCCCAGAGGCCGAGCAGAGCCUGGCUCCUCCGUGCCGCAGCGAGCUUGGGGACAUCCUGGAGGGUCCCUUCUUCGCCUACAUCCAGGAAUUCCGCUUCCGACCACCUCCGCUGUAUUCAGAGGUGGAUCCAAACCCCGCGUCGGACAGCAUCCGCCCACGCUGCAUGACCUGCUGAGAGAAGCACAUCGGCUGCGUGUGACAGAGUGACAAUCCCUUGGGAUGGCAGCUUGCACCCUCACAGCACUUUGGUCUGGAAACGGGGAUGUGAGACCCCGACUCGGCUCAUCGCCCUCGGCCACUCCUGUCGUGAUUGUCCCACGGGCCCAGAGCCAGCGCGGUGCCGUGGCCCCGGGCAGGGUAGGAGAACACAAGGGGCUGGUGGUGUGGAGCAGCUCUGUGUGUGGCUGGGCAGGACACAGAGGGUUCAUAACUGACCUGGGAUUUUGGGAUUAGAACAGGGAAUACAAGCCGAGAUUGCUCUCCCCUUGCCUGCAGUGCCGCGCUCUGAAAAUUUCUGUCAGCUCCUGGUGUGGAAAAUGGGAGUUUGAAGGCGUUUCUCAGGAUUACUGGAGAAUGUUUGGACGGUGCUCAGGGUUGGGCCCCAGGGCAAUGCAGGUGCAGCCCUUUGCCUGUGGCUCACCAGGACUGUAGGGUCCCCAAGGCAGUGAAAGGUCCUUUUCUGGCUGGAUGAAGCAGAGGCCUCAGCCACUGCUGAUAAUCUUUGCCACGAGCCUGUGGGUGCCUGUGGGGGGAAUGGUUUGAGCCACUUAACCAAACUCUGAAGGCCUCCAAGGACUGAGACAAGGACUUGGGGAAUGAAUUUAUGGUCUGUGGCAGUGUUUUGGUGCCAUUUAUCAAGAACAGGAAAGCUGGUUCCUGAGUGUCAGCAGCGACCCUGCACAACCAGCAAACCAGCCCCCAAACUGGUACCAGCACAGAGGGUUGGAGCUGUGGCUGGUGGCCAAGGAAGAGAGAGGGAAGCCCAGUCCAAGGCUGGUGGCAGCCACAGGUGCUGAUGGGAGAUGUGGAGUUGGGAUGAAUCCUUCAGGGCUGGGAGUCCUUGAUGCUGCGCCCAUGGAGGGCUCGGGGGCCCUGGUGGGGUGAGGACACAGCAGCAACCUGUGCUCACUGGGGUGGGAGCCAGUGUGGGAAUGGUGAGCUGGACGUUGUGAGGAGCCAAAGAGUGUGCCAGGGGCUGACCCCGCUCACUGCAGGGGGACCUGAGCAGAGUUUGGGUGCUGAGGACCUUUGCAUUCCCUCACUGAGAAUCCCUGGCCGUGCACAACCAAAGCCAGCGUACCUUGGGCUCUGUGCUGGGGUUGCUCAGAUGAGUCUUUUCUAUCUGUGAACACUUUUGUAAUGACCACUCUUUGUCUCUACUCUUUUUGUACAACUUUUUGGCGGGGAAUUUUUUGUCUGAAAUAAAUUCUUUAAACCAAA